UGGCUGGGUGUGCAGCUGCCAGGCCCUCCCCCUCCCCCAGGCCCUGGCUUCUGCGUUGUCGCUGCCCCUCCACCUGUCAUGGUGACACCGUCUUGUGUCUGCCUUCACUGUGCCCCAGAGCCCCCACAGCUGCCGACGGUCUUGCAGAAACACACGUCUCUUGUCACUUCCUGCUAACCCUAGAGCAGUUCCAGCUCACUGCUCUUUAGCGGGGAGUCUAAUCCCGAAUGUGUCCCCUUCCCCCACCCCGCCUUCCACGCCUGUUGGAGGGAGCGGGCGUGCCCUGUUGGCUUAGUGAACUCUUCCUCGUCCUUCAUUUCAGCUGAUGGGCGACCUCCUCGGGGAUGCCUUCCUUGACUCCGCAGGGGAGCGCUUCCUCUGGGCUGGGCUGUGCUGGCAUCUUGUACUUGUCUGCGGCCCCGAAUGGUUGCCAGUGUGUGUGUGGAGCUGUCUGCCUGCCUCCUGGCACAGUGCCUGGUACCCAGUCCCGGCACGUUGCUAACCAAGGACCAGACCCCACAGCGAGCUCCAUUCUGUGCUCACGAGUGAGUGGGAGGCGAGUGGGCUCCCCAGGCCCCUCCCAGCAUCAGCCGGAGCAUCCGCCAUAGGAGCCUGGGGUUUCCUGCUCCGUUUCCUCAAGUGUCAACUGGGGGUUCUCUAUAUUUUAGAGUUAGAAGCCUUCAGGUCAGGUGUCGUGUCCAAUAAGGAAAGGACUAGAAGCCCAGGACUCUGGGUCCCCUCCUCUGAUACAAAGGUCACUUUGCAGAAUGACUUGACUACGAAGGACAGGAGGCCCCGUCAUCCAAGGGACAGAAGCUGUUUUGGGGACACCGGACAUUUCUCUGCAUCAGGCAGGGUUGUAUGACCUUGUGAAGCAUGGGGUGAGACCGGCGCCCUCGACCUGGCUGAUUUGCUCAUUUUCAUUGUUCAGCUGCUGCUGUUUGGCGCCUGAGCCGCCUUGGCUGGUGGCAGCAUGACAAGUGAAGUGAUAGAAGACGAGAAACAGUUCUAUUCGAAGGCCAAGACGUACUGGAAGGAAGUCCCGCCCACCGUGGACGGCAUGCUCGGGGGGUACGGCCACAUCUCCAGCAUCGACAUCAGCAGCUCCCGGAAGUUCCUGCAGAGGUUUUUGAGGGAAGGCCCAAACAAGACGGGGACCUCCUGCGCCCUAGACUGCGGAGCCGGCAUAGGUAGGAUCACCAAGAGGCUGCUGCUGCCGCUCUUCAGAGUGGUGGACAUGGUGGACGUGACGGAAGACUUUCUGGUUAAAGCCAGGACGUACCUGGGAGAGGAGGGCAAGAGGGUGAGGAACUACUUCUGCUGUGGCCUCCAGGACUUCAGCCCCGAGCCCAGCUCCUACGAUGUCAUCUGGAUCCAGUGGGUGAUAGGCCACCUGACUGACCGGCACCUGGCCGAGUUCCUGCGGCGUUGCAAGCGGAGCCUGCGCCCCAACGGCAUCAUCGUCAUCAAAGACAACAUGGCGCAGGAGGGCGUGAUCCUGGAUGACGUGGACAGCAGCGUGUGCCGGGACCUCGAGGUGGUCCACAGGAUCGUCCGCAGCGCGGGCCUCAGCCUCCUAGCCCAGGAGCGCCAGGAGAACCUCCCUGAUGAGAUCUACCACGUCUACAGCUUGGCCCUGAGAUGAGCAGGGCCCGGCAGAAGAAAAGGACCAGUGCGGGGUGGGGGGCUGGCAGCCGGGCGGGACCCAGAGGCUCCCCAGCGAUGGCCUGGGCGUGUGGACCGAGACCGCCAAAUACACCCGUUUGCUGCCCACCGCCAGACUCUUUUUCAAAAGGCCUAAUGGGACCCAGUGGGGAGGGGUGCCCCUGACCGGAGCACUGAGGCUACAGCCCGGCUCUGCUGCCGUGAGAGGCGGGGAUCGGACAGUGCAGACCGUGGGACUCCAGGGUCCCUGGUGCUCCACGUGUGGGAAUACAGCGAUCCCCUCAGAAGUGGAGAUUUUCUGGCUCUCCCUUUCCACCACCCAGCCUUCCAGCCACAGGCCUAGGUGCCUUAAGAGGAAGAGAACUCUCGGUUGUUGGGACUUGUUCCCCUCGGGGGGAGGCGAGGAGCCGGGCCAUGGAGCCUGCAGCUGCUGGGGGCGACCCUGUGCUGAGGCCUAUUUGGUGAUGAGCCCUGGUGUCCCUGACAUGAUAGUCACCGUGGUCUCCAGCGAGGGAGUCUGCGGCUUCAUUCUUGGCUGUGCCUUGCAGCUCCUCCUCGGUGAACAUUUUCAUCAAAAAAUAAAAGAGUGACUCUUGUGC